AGCUGCUACUGGCAUUAUUAGGCGCACUACCGUCUGCUCGUCUAGCUGAACACAAGGAUGGACUACGUGAGCUUGCUUCUCGCUGUUCUGAUGUUCAUGCAAGAGUUUCAUAGCCCAAAUGCAAAUAGCUAUAGUGGACCGCAAAGCACAAAGACAAGUCGCUGCAGCAGUAGACAAUACUGUAGAGCAAACCAUGGACAAGACAAACACCCAGCAUGUGAACAAAAACAUAUGACGCCCUGCAUGAAAAGUAGAGAACUGUUCAAGUCACUCGGGGGGAAACUUGUUCUCUGUGACACUGAAUCGGACGGCGGUGGGUGGAUCCUCAUACAGCGUAGAUUCAAUUUCGAUGUGAACUUCAGGAGAAACUGGGCCGAUUACAAAAAUGGGUUUGGCUCAUUGGAUGGCGACUUUUGGAUUGGAAAUGACUUCAUCUCACAACUAACCCAAGCGGGCUACAACGAAGUGAGGUUCGACCUGAAAUUUGAAGGUAGAUCCUACUACACUGGGAACGGAAAUUUCAGUGUUCAAAAUGAGGCUGCUUUGUACAGGAUGACAGUUGGAAACUACACAGGAAAUGCAACCAACUAUUUUAGGCACCUUAACGGUCGUUCAUUCACCACCAUAGACAGAGAUAAUGACGCAUAUUCAGGCGACAACUGCGCACGUUGCUUCCACGGUGGAUGGUGGUACAACGGCUGUCACACAAUGAACAUCAAUGGACAACACGGAAACGUACAAUACGGUCAAGGGUUAAACUUCCGCCCUGUAACUACAUUCUACCAAUCUUUGAGCUUCAUUGAGAUGAAAGUGCGUAAACCCUCCAGGUAGAUUUCCUCGUUCGUUUAUCUAUGCAUGGUGGAUAUGCUUAGAUAACGAAUAAACUUGAUC